AUGAAUCAAAAUGUAACUACAGCAAUAGAACGAGUAUUUAAUGGAUUAUCAAAAGAAAAACUUCAGAAAUUAUCAGUAUCAUCAUCGUCUUGUUUAUCUUGUCGAGUUGGUAUUAUGCAACAUAUGAAUCAUAAAGAUUUAUUAAAAGUUGAAAAUUUAGUAUUCAAUCAAGUACGUGGUUUUAAAACGAAGCAUUCCAGUUCAUCACAUUCUGAAGAUACAUUUAAUCUUAAUGAUCAACAAAAAAUUCGAAUUGCUUUUGCUAAAGGUUAUGCUGCAGCUACUAAUCAGUCUACAACAGAAAAACGUCCAUCUCUAUUUAAAUCAAUACGAGUAAUAUUAUUUUACAGUAUUUUGAUAAUACUUAUCUUAAGUAUCAUAUCAACACUUACUGGUGAUGGUGAUGGAAUUACUACUGCUUUUCCUUUCGCUAGUAAAUAUGAAGUCAGUUCAGAGGAUGUUAAAGUCAAUUUUUCAGAUGUUCGUGGGACUGAAGAAGCAAAAGAAGAAUUAAUGAAUAUAGUAGCAUAUUUAAACGAACCAGAUAAAUAUACAAAAUUAGGUGCUCGACUUCCGAAAGGUGUACUUCUUGUUGGUUCACCUGGCAUCGGUAAAACACUUCUUGCUCGAGCUGUUGCUGGUGAAGCUGGUGUUCCAUUUUUUCAUACGUCUGGAUCAGAAUUUGAUGAUAUGUUUGCUGGUGCUGGAGCUCGUCAUGUACGUCAACUAUUCACUACUGCGAAAUCUCAUGCACCAUGUGUAGUUUUUAUUGAUGAAAUCGAUUCAGUUGGUGCUAAACGAUCUAAUUUAAAAAAAAAUGAAGGAAUUAUUGUAUUAGCUGCCACAAAUCGUCGUGAUUAUUUAGAUUCAGCUCUUCUACGUCCUGGUCGUUUUGAUAGUGAAAUUUAUAUAGCACCACCAGAUCUUCGUGGUCGAAAAGAAAUUUUCGAACUUUAUCUUAGUAAAAUGAAGCAUGAUCCUUCUAUUGAUACAGAAUAUUUAGCCAGAGGAACUACUGGUUUUACUGGUGCUGAAAUUGAAAAUAUGGUUAAUCAGGCUGCUCUCUAUGCUGCUCAGUUGAAUUGUUUAUUUGUAUCUAUGAAACAUUUAGAAUGGGCACGUGAUAAAGUUCUAAUGGGUCCAGCAAAGAAAUCUAAACUACCUGAUUUCGAUACAAAUAAUAUCACAGCUUAUCAUGAAGCAGGUCAUACAAUUGUACGAUAUUAUACACGAGAUGCUGAUCCAUUACAUAAAGUAACAAUUAUUCCUCGUGGACAAGCACUUGGUUUUACAGCUCAUAUACCAAUAAAAGAAACAUAUAAUCGAACACGAUCACAAUUAUUAGCUGAAAUGGAUGUUAUGAUGGGUGGACGUGUUGCUGAAGAACAAAUAUUCGGUACAGAUAAAAUAACAACUGGUGCAUCAAAUGAUUUCAGUCAAGCAACUAAACUUGCAGCUAAUAUGGUAAAACAAUUUGGUAUGUCAGAUAAAAUUGGUACAAGAUCAUUUCAAGAAGAAGAACAAGAUGCUGGUCUAGGUUUUGUACGUGUUAAUAAUAUAAGUCCAACAAUGCAAGAAAUGAUUGAUUUAGAAAUAAAACAACUUAUGGAGGAAUCAUAUGAUCGUGCUAAAAUAUUACUUAAAAAACAUGCACGUGAACUUAAAAUACUUGCUGAAGCUCUUCUUCAUUUUGAAACAUUAUCAGCAGAUGAAGUCAAGUCUUUAAUUGAAGGUCGAAGAAUACAUUAA